ACUUCCGCUUACGCGCCCCACUUCCGCUUCCGGCCCUGGGCUGUGGUGACUGGCGGUGUGGGGUGGGUCAGAGGGCAAUAGGUGCCUGGCCAGGGGAGCGGGCUUUGCGCCGCGGUGGGUUCCUGCGAGCUGGUGCAGAGGGACCCCGGCGGGCCGGCCCCGGGGCACAUGCGACGACCUCCGCCCCUGGGCCCAACGACGGCCUCAGGGCCUGAAGGCAAUGUGCGAAACCUGAGAAAGCGGCAGGCGCCAGGGCCAGGCGCCGCGGGAGGCUGCGGCCCUGAGGCUGGGGGGCGCGGGGAGAAUAGGCAAAAGAGGAGAAUGGUGGCCCGGGCCACCCCUGGGAGAGGCGAGGUGAAAAGUGACAAGUCGGUUGCGGCAUCAGGGGCUGGAAAGGCCGCAAGGCGUCGGGUGGAGGGGCGCAGGGGCCAGGUGAGCCCGUCAGACCGGCGAGGCCUAGAAGCAGCAAAGGAGGCUGAACCCCCCUUGCAAACGGAAAGACACACCAAGGAAAAAAGAAAAGUUACUGAAGCCUCAAGUGAUGAUCCACAGCCAGGGUUUGACCUGGUAAGAAAGGAAUCAUUAACCAGUUUGGAAUCUUUCCAAACAGUGGAGUGCUUGCGGUCUUUGGGUAAGGAAGGUAUAGUAGAAGGUAUUAAAAGAAGAAUUCGAAAUAAAAAACUGAAAAGCUUAGAAAACCCACCUCUCAAAAUAACCGAAAAUGAGGCUACACAAAAUAUUAAGGUUGAAUUCCAAGAUGAACUGUACAAGAAUACUCUAAAAUAUUCUUGUAACAUCUUGUCACCUGAAGUAGAAAAUAAUUCCGUUUUUAAAUUACGUGGUUGCAGUUGUUUUCCCCAUUCCAAGGAUUGUAAUGAUGAAAACAACCUGCCAUAUGAGCCUGAUGGUGGAUGUAUGCAUGUAGCAGAAAAUUUCUCAAAGAAAGAAAACUUUAGAAGUCUUGCAGAAAAGAGUGACACAAAUAAUAUUCCUCAACUCUUACAAACUGAAGAAAAUGUAAUGGGAGUAAAUAAGUUACUACCAGAAGAGAGUGAUUUAUACCAAAGUAAAAUCAAUGGCUUGCUUCCCUGCCUUCAACAUGAAAAAAAUAAAUAUUCAAUAGAGGAGAGCAGUGUUGGGCGAAAACCCAGGAAAAGGAUGAAGUUGUCUGAAAAAGCGGAUGAAACAGUUACUCAGAUGAACUUCUCUAAUGAGUAUAACAAGUCUGAGUUGAUGUUGCAAGAAAAUCAAAUGAUUGCUGAUGGUAAAGAAGUAGAGACUAAAAGUCCUUUAAAUGUUUUGAGAAAAGUAAGCCAUAAUACAGUCUCUUUGAUGGAUCAUUUAUUAAGUGUCCCAGAAAUGGUAGAAAAAGAAACAAGUUCUGAACAUCAUGUAAAUGCUGUGUUUCAGAAAACCAUCGAACCACUUUUGAAAGAAGAAACAGAGAAUGCUUCAGAGCCCUUAGGAUAUGAAAACAUGGCGCUGAAAGAGGAUUUUAAAUCGAAAAGCUUCAUAGGGAAAUCACCUGAGUACCAUAUUGAAAGGAGAUCUUCACGGGAAGAUUUAAGAAGUGACUCUGAAGAACUGAAGUUAAGCUGUCAGAGAACAAUACCUAUGACUGGUAAAAGAACUUGGCCCUAUUAUUCAUGUGCUAGAAUAUCUGCCUGGUGUUGGAAAAAGGCUUCCUUGCCAGAAUCAAGUUACUUUCUUCCUGGGUCUCAGAAAAGUUGUAAGAAAGUUGAUGUCCCUAAACACCAAAUAAACAAGACCCACUUAACCGACUCCAAAUUAUUAUUACAAAGUUCCUUAACAGAAACAAACACUGAAUCUUCAAGUAAAGAAAAAUUAGAUUCUAAUUUGAAUUGUUUGUUUUCAGUUUCUGCAGUAGAACAUACUUUAAUGGUUAUAAAGGAACCUAUAAUCAAGGAUGAUAAAAAGAUAAAAUCAGAGGAACUGAGCAGAAGUGGGUCAGAGGUAAUUUCUAACACUACUGAAGAUACUCAAUUAACCAGUGAUACUCAAAGCUUAACAGGAAAUAAAAAAAGAGAUAGAGGAAAUUUAACAAAACUUAAUUUGACAGCAGCUUCCAAAGAUGGUCAGGAAGCAAAUAACUCUACAGGCAAAACUAUUCAUCGAAAAGCAUGUAUUGCUAAACAAACAUUUGUAGUUCCAGACUUGGUUAAAAUAUUGAACACAGGACGACUGACUAAUUUUAAAAUUCCUUUACUUAAGAAUAAAACAAAAAAAAGAAAAGAAGUAAAUGCCAAGUCAUCAGAGAGAGAAGCUUACAGUCCUCUAGAACUUCUGGACAAUUUAUCUGGAGCAGAUACAAGACACAAUAGGAGUAAAGAAAAUGUCUCCAUGACGAUGUUAGGCCCUCAAACUUUGAGCAUACAAAAUAAUGUAACUCCAGUGCAAGCUAGUUCUGACUCAUUCUACAAUAAGAAUUCCUGUAGUAUUUCUCCAAGCUUUACAAAGCAUGGUAACAGUAGCAAACUAUCUAGUCACUUCUCUGAACCAGGCAAUAUUGUUUCUAAUAAAGAAGUUGCUUCUCUCACAGUUGAAAAUAAUGCUUUUUCUUGUGAUCCUGGGUAUGUAGAGAAAAGUCCUUCCUUCUGCUGUAAUAAACAGGAAACAUUCCGACCAGUUUCCAGUGAAGUUAGGGGUAGAAAAAUAACUAAGAAUUUUUCAGAAGUAGGAUUUCCAGAUAUUCUUAAAGCAUAUGAAGAUGACGUCCUCUUAAUUGAUGUAAUUCAAGAUGACCCAGACCUCUUUGGAGUCUCCAAUGAAGGGGAACUCUCAUUUACUUCAGAGGUCCCCAGGAUAAGCCAGGAGCCCAAUGUUCCUGGAGAGUACCAAUCAACAGACUCCAAGUAUGUGGAAACUCCAGUAAAAAAAGAACCAAGUGAUGACUUAAGAGAACUUCCUGUACUGGACUGUGGACCGAUAAAGCCAGACAUCUGUGCUUCCAACUCAGCAGCAAGUGAAAUAAAACAUGAUCCCAAAGAUGCAAACACUUCCUUAGGAGAAGUUGCUAAUGAGACCUCUGAAAAUGAAACACUGGGAGACUUCAGUGAACAAAUAAAAGGUUCAGACUUGGAUGAAAAGCAUAGAUUUACAGACAAAGUGAUUACCAAAGAAGAAAAAGAAAAUAUUUAUGAAGUUCGCAAAAGAGACAUAUCAUUUGAAUACAGUGCCCAAUGCUGCUAUGUGAGGUUUUUAAGAAAGUUGUCUGCAGCUUAUAAUUUCAGAUUUCUGGGAAAACAUUCUGUCCUAAAGCUGCAGAAUCCUGAAACUUGUGAAAUAUUUAAGAGGGAAAAAAAUGUGGGGGUGUUCCAGAAGUCCCUAGGGUUGAUGAUACCCUAUAAAUAUUGCAAAUUUCAUUUUAAUACGUUACGUGGCUGUGAGCGACCACUGUGCAAGUUUGCUCAUGUGCCUGAACAAGGGGAUGAAAAGGUUUGCAUGGAUGUGUUUAAGAAAUAUAUAAAUAUCAAUGAACUGUGUUUGCUACAGCGUGCAGUAAACGUAUUUAUGGAGUACUACAGAAAGUUUCCCCCAGGUAUAUACUUUGAUUUACAAGUGCUAAAUGAUCUUCUAAAUUCUUUACUCAAACAUUGUUUAUUGAAAGAAGUAUUUCAGAUAGUGAACCUCAGCAUAAUGGUUAAAAUGCUGCCUUCUCUGAAAAUAUUACUAAACAUAUUUGAGCAUGUGGCAACUAUGAAAUUAAGGAAUGCUGUACCUGCUUUAAUUGAUAUCUUUUGCAAGCUUGUUGAAGCCGGGAUGGUGCUUGACCCAGAGCACUUUAACUAUAUUGUUAAGCUCUUAUAUCAAGUACAAGCUUCCAAACAAGAAAUAACUGCAGUUCUGGAAAUGAAAUCCAGGUUACAGAUGAGGCAAUUUGAAAAGAACUGGAAGUGUGAUUUAGAUUCAGCCUUGAAUAAAUUAGAGCAUUGUAAAGAAAAAGGUGACUGGACCAAAUUGGGAAAAUUGUACAUUAACGUAAAAAUGGGCUGUGAAAAAUUUGCAGAUUUCCAGACAUUUUGUGCUUGCAUUGCUGAAACACUCACAAAAAACUGUGAAGAUGAAAGACCAGAUACUCCCUUUUGUGAAUUUGCUGAAACAGUUAGCAAAGAUCCACAAAACAGUAAAGUAGAUAAAGGUGUACUGGGAAGAAUCGGAAUCAGUGCUAUGUACUUCUAUCACAAGCUGUUGCAGUGGUCCAAGGGAAGGAAGGUCUUAGAUAAACUAUAUGAAUUAAAAAUACACUUUGCAAGUUUAAAAGGACUUAUAGGGCCUGAGAAGUUAGCAUCAAGAUGUCAAAUUGUGAAUGUUGCAGCAGAAAUUUUUCUAAAAAGUGGAAGCCUAGAUGGUGCCCUUUGGGUAAUGAGGGAGUCAGAAUGGAUAAUCGAUACGCCUCUGUGGCCUUGUGAUAGACUGGAUGUGCUUAAUCGACAUAAUUUGCUCUGUACAAUUGCACAUGAAGCCUUAGCCAAGAGCCUUUAUAGACAGACAUUUGAAGUUUUGCAGAAUCUACCAGGUUUUCAAAAUUCCCAAGAAACCGUGGAAGUCUCACAAUAUAGCCUUCUUUUUAAUAAGCUUCUAGGUUCCUGUAUAGAAAGCAAUAGUCUUGGUAUGUCAUCCUCUGUGGCGGAAUUCAUGAUUUCAAAGAGCAUCCCUAUUGAUUUUUCCUUUCUGAGAAGAUUAAUUACUUCUUUAGGAAGGAGUCGUUUAUGGCUCAAAGCCAGAGCCCACUACAAAAGUGCUCUUUCCUUGGGUUGCUACCCACCACUGGAAGGAAAUUUAUACCGAAAACUUCUUCUAAUUCCAUCUUAUUUAUCUGAGAUUGAAAUGCUCUUAGCUAUUGAAAUCUUCAUGGUAUCUAAUGCUAGUAGUAUUCAGAGUCCUGGAACUUCUACACAGAUACUGCAGAUAGUUUUGAAAAGGUGUGAAGACAACCAGUCUCGGAGCAAUGAUGAUUAUCAAGCUGCAGUAGAAAGGUUAAUUAUGGCUGCUCGUAUAUCAGAUCCAAAGCUUUUUGUUAAACACAUGACUGUCAAUGUUAAUAAGGAACAGGUUUAUAGUUUGGAACAUUGUUCUGCCCUGAAAUGGUUAAAAGAGAAUAUGAAGUGGGCUGGAAAGGUUUGGCUUUUCAGUAACCAUUAGUUAAUAAAGUCUGCUUUUUUUUUUUUUUUUUUUUUAGUUCAAGUAAUCAUUGUUGAAAAUAAAGGCAAUAAAAAUAGACAGUUUUCACCAUA